AUGACCGUGAGCACUGGAGUCAAACGCACCAACACAACCAUUCUUGUGGAUCUGGGGGGUAUCAAGCUAGGAAGGAUUCUCUCGUCAUCACCUUGGAUGAAGAAAGAGAUCGGACAGAUCAGUGAAGAUGAAUGCUUUGCGCAGAUUGCUGAACUCUAUGAAUUUCAAGUUGAAGACUUAAAGGACCUUGUCAGAAAGCUCCGAGAGACUUUGACAUAUGACGAAAACAUGCUUGUUCUCUUCAAAGAAAUCAAACAAAUUCCUGGGGUAGCUCUGUAUCUUGUCUCGAACAUUUCCGAACAGGAGUAUCAAGCCCUCCGCUCUCGGUGGGAUGACUCUUUUUGGAACACAUUUGACGGGAUAUUUGCCUCUUGGAUGCUGGGUGUCCGGAAACCAAGUCUGAGCUUUUAUCGGAAUGUGCUCGCCGCAACGCGUGCUUCGCCGCAUCAAACAAUCUUCAUUGACGACCAGCCGGAGAAUGUGCUCGCAGCCAAGUCUCUUGGGAUGCGUGGUGUUGUCGGAGUUGAAAACCUGGCGCAAAAACUCAAAAAUCUUAGCGGUGAUCCCAUCCAACGUGGACUUGCCUUUCUGAAGAAACAUGCUGGAAAGCAUUACUCCUCUACAGUUGGAGGUGAUGACAUCGACGAGAAUUACGCCCAGCUUCUUAUUCUCGAGACAACAAAAGACGAGAGUCUGGUUGACAUCAACCGCCCUCCUCGAUUGUGGAAUUUCUUCUCCGGAAAGCCAAAAUACACGAGUCAGGUCUACCCGAAUGAUAUGGAUACGACAGCUCUCGGUCUCGUGGUAUUGGAUUAUGAAACUGAAGUUGCGCACUCUAUUCUCGAUGAAAUGCUUAAUUACGUCAACGAGGAGGGGCUUGUACAGAUAUACACUGACAAAUCCAGGCCAAGAGUAGAUGCAAUCAUCGCAUUGAAUGUUUUGGUCGCUUUUUAUAAAUACGGAAGAGGCUUCGAGCUUGCUCGGACAAUGGACUGGAUCCAGAACAUUCUACUCAAUAGAGCAUACAUCUAUGGAACUCGAUAUUAUCAGAGUCCUGAGUGGUUUCUCUACUACACAACUCGACUCUUGGCUUAUUCAGACGAUCCGAGUCUCAAGGAAAGACUUGAAGCCCCACUCAAAACACGCGUUCUCGAACGCAUUGGAGUCGAUGGUGAUGCAUUCUGUCUGGGAAUGCGCUUGCUCAGCUGUAAUUUCCUGGGAAUAGAGAACGCGACAGACAAGGAAAAACUGAAGAGCAUGCAGGAGGAAGAUGGUGGUUGGGCGGCAUCCGUGAUGUAUCUGUUUCCAACAGAACAAAAGGUGAUCGGAAAUCACGGCACAGUGACAGCAUAUGCUGUUAAAGCUCUCCAAGAAGAACCAUUGGAGAAAGCGUGUGGUUAUAUUUCACGACAGACCAAAGAAAGCCCUGGAGGCGGGAUUUGUUUGUCUUCAUUUCUAGUGUGA